CAUGUACACUGCCACAUUACCACAAUGCAAAGUCACAUUACCACAAUGCAAAGUCCUAUUCCAGGGAAAAAAAACAUGAAAGUCCUAUUUUGGUACUUUUCUCUAUGUUUUAGUCCUAUUUAGGAUGAUUUCUAAAAGUGAAUAAAGUUUGACCCUGUGAAUAGUAAACAUGCAUUAUAAUUUGGGACAGAAGGAGUAUAUCCGAAACUUGGAGAAAACACAUUCUAUACAUGGAGACAAAGGUAGUUUGGCCGGCGGGAGCGGAGAAACCGGUCGCUCCUCCGCAAGCCACCGUUCUUAAACCAGAAGAACCACCUCUCGCCUCCGCCGCCCUCCCAACGCCCUCCCAACCAUUGUCCCCCAGAAAUCAGAGAAUCUUGAUCAUCCAAUGACCACCGCCCGAAAGGGAUCUCUCAAUAGAGAUAUUGCUCUAUCAAAGAUUGAGGAUGAAAAAAGAACAUCCUUUAUAAAGGCAUGGGUAGACGGUGAAAAGAGCAAAAUUGAGAACAAAACGCAGAAGAAUCUGGCUGAAGUAUUGUCUUGGGAGAACACUAAAAGGGCAAGCAUAGAAGCAAAAUUGAAGAAGAUAGAGGAAGAAAUAGAAAGGAAAAAGGCGGAAUACGAUGAGAAGAUGAAGAACAAGGUUGCUUUGGUUCACAAGGAAGCGGAGGAGAAGAAGAGUUUAGUUCUUUGUAAACGAAGCGAAGAACUUCUCCAAGUCGAAGAGAUGGGUGCCAAGUUCCGGGUAAGCAGGCAUGUCCCCAAGAAGGCUCUCUUAAGAUGCUUCGGGUGACAUGUCCGGCCGCGCCCCUACUCGCUCAAAUGUGGGGUUUGACACGGUUUAGAACCAAAAUCGGGACCAGAACUUGCAAUAUUCUAAAAUUGCACCUAAAAUGGAUUGCGAGUAUUUGACAAGUCAAAGAAUUACAGUGAGAACUAAAAAAUGAGGUUGUUGUUU